GUUUCAGGUGUGAGCCACUGCACCCAGCCUGGCAAUUCUUUUAGUGUUUUACCAUUAAGCCUGAUACGAGGUUUUGAUUAUAUGGACAUAAAUACAUACAAUAAGAGGUCAGCAAUUCUUUAACAUUGUUGCUAUUGUUGUUCAAUAUGAAUAUAUGCUGAAUUUAUUAAGCUUAUCUAGAAAUGACUGGUUACUGAAUUAUUUUUUGUAAGCUUUCUCAGCUUCUAGGAUUACUUAAUGUUAUCAAAAGUCCUUUUAGUAUCUAUAGAUAUAGUUGCAUAUGGAUAUAUUCAGAAAGAUCAAUAGAUGAAAUGUGUAAUGUCCUAAUAUCAAACCAUCCUUGCACUCCUUAACAUACAUCUCCCAGCUCCCAGAAUAGGCUCCAUUGCCUUUACCGAACUGCCCUUUAAGAAGUAAUGGGUGAAACUGAGGCAAACAGGAAGGCAGAUGCCCAGGGAAAUUGAGUAACAAUGACUCAAUUCAUUCAUCAUCAGUUUACACAGGGCCAACUUUUAUCUGUCCUGGAGACAUCAGCCAUGGUAGGAGACAUUUGGAUUACAUAGACUAUGGCAUCAUCUGUGGAGGAGAAAACUCUGCCUAAAACAGGGUUAUUCACGGUACCAGUGCAGUCAGGCAUGUCCCAAAUAUCAGUUUUCCCCCAGCUGCAAAGCUGCUGUGUAUAUAUCUAAAUACAGCCUUGCUCCCGCCCCACAUUCUGCUCCCAGACUCCAUUUCCCACCACUACCCCGCACUCAGAGCCCUUAGGCCGAGAGGAUCUUGAAUCUCAAUGCCUUCUGGGAAAUGUAGUCCGCCCGCGAUGCCGAGUUUAAGGUACCUGGACUUACAUUUCCAAGACAGCGGAGACAGCGACCGCGCAGGCGCGUUCCGGGGCCCGCCGGAGGGAGGGAAGGCCUGGCUGCCCCGCGGAUUCCGCCUGGACGCACUGACCUCGCGGACCCCACCGGAGCAGCUCUUCAGGCCCUGGCCUGGACCUUUUUCCAGGAGGUGCAUGCCCAGGACCCAGCAAUGGCCAACAGGACCCUGAUGGCCGCCGGCCAGGAAUCAGUGACCUUCAAGGAUGUGGCCGUAGACUUCACCCUGGAGGAGUGGGGCUGGCUGGAGCCUGGCCAGAGGGAGCUGUACCGAGAUGUGAUGCUGGAGAACUACCGGAACCUUCUCUCCCUAGGGGCGGGGCUUCCUGGAUCCAAACCCGACGUGAUCUCCCGUCUGGAGCGAGGGCAAGAGCCGAGGCCAGAGGACAGGGAGGCCCAGCGAGUUACCUGUCCAGACUUGAAGACGAGCUCUGUGACUUUUGGGAAGAUACCUCCAAAAAAGAGCAUUUCUGAAGAUUCAGCUUCCCCACCUGAGGGAACUUUAAGGGCUGUGCUUGGAGAUGCCAAGUUGGGGAAACCCAUGGCAUGUCACUGUCCACUGGAGGACCCAAGAAAGCAGGAGAGGCAUUUGAGGUGUUCAUUUGCUACUCCUAGGGGAGACACCUCAGGGGAGAGAGGCCUUGGGUGUGACGAGCUUGGGAGAAGCCUCCUGCAGGCCUCUGCCCUUAUCAGGAAGCAACGAGUGCCCCGUAGAGACAGGCCCCAGAAGUGGAGCGGGCCCUGGAGGAACUCAAAACGCCAAAGGACCUUCGUGGAGAAGAAACCAUUUAACUGCACGGAAUGCGGGAAAGCCUUCAUUUACCAUUCCGACUAUAUUCUGCAUCAGCGAAUUCACACUGGAGAGAAGCCCUACAAGUGCCGUGACUGUGGGAAGGCAUUCAGCAACAGCUCAUAUUUCAUUCAGCACCACAUCAUCCACACAGGUGAGAAGCCCUACGCCUGCCACGAGUGCGGCAAGACCUUCACUCAGAGCUCUUCUCUCACGGAGCAUCAGAGGAUUCACACUGGAGAGAAGCCCUAUAAGUGCAAGGACUGUGGGAAGGCCUUCACGCAGAGCUCGUCCCUCAUCAAACACCAGCGGUGCCACACUGGGGAGAAGCCCUAUAAAUGCAGCCAGUGCGGGAAGUUCUACUCGCAGGUCUCCCACCUCACCCGCCACCAGAAAAUCCACACGGGGGAGAAGCCCUACAAAUGUGCAGAGUGCGGCAAGGCCUUCUGUCACACCUCCUCCCUGACCCAACACCAGACCAUCCACACUGGGGAGAAACCCUACAAAUGCAACGAGUGUGGGAAAACCUUCAGCCAUAGCUCAUCCCUGACUCAGCACCAGCGAGUCCACACUGGAGAGAAACCCUAUGAGUGCACUGAGUGCGGCAAAGCCUUCAGCCACAGCUCAUCCCUGACCCAGCAUCAGAGAAUUCACACUGGUGAGAAGCCCUAUGAGUGUCACGAGUGUGGGAAGGCUUACACACAGAUUUCCCACCUCAUGAGGCACCAGAGCACUCAUGUGGGGGAAAAGCCCUACAUAUGUAGUGAAUGUGGGAAGGCUUUCGGCCACACCUCAUCCUUCACCCAGCACCAGACCAUCCACACUGGUGAGAAGCCUUACAAAUGUACUGAGUGCGGGAAAACCUUCAGCCAGAACUCCUCCCUCACACGCCACCAGAGGAUUCACACAGGGGAGAAACCCUAUGAAUGUAAAAUGUGUGGGAAAGCCUAUACCCAGAUCUCCCACCUCAUUCAACACCAGAGGGUUCAUACCGGAGAGAGGCCCUACGAGUGCAGUGAGUGUGGGAAAGCCUUCAGCCGGAGCACGCACCUCAUUGAGCACCAGAAGAUCCACACUGGCGAGAAGCCCUAUAAGUGUCAGGAGUGUGGGAAAACCUUCAGUCACAGCUCAUCCCUCACUCAACAUCAGAGAAUUCACACCGGCGAGAAGCCCUAUGCCUGCAAGGAAUGUGGGAAGGCCUUCAACCAGAGCAUUCACUUAAUCCAACACCAAAGGAUUCACACUGGAGACAAGCCCUACAAGUGUCAUGACUGUGGGAAAAACUAUACCCAGAUCUCACACCUUCUCCAACAUCAGAAGGUCCACACUGGCAGCAAACGCUAUGCAUGUGAGGAGUGUGGAGAGGGUUUCAGCUGGAGUUCACACCUGACUCAACACUGGAGGCUUCACACUGGGCAGGAUGCCUAUAUCUGUGAUGAUUUUGAGAAAGCCUUUGCUUGGGGAACAGAGCUUGCUGAUCAUCAGAGAACGCAUGCUGAUUAGACAACGUGAGUAUGUAAUGAACUGUCUGUCCUGCAGAAGGUCCCACCAUCAUCAACACUAGGAACCUCAGGAAAAAUUUUGCCUUCAGGAACAGAUGGAUCCAGGGGCAUAAAUAGCCUUUAAGCCAUCUGCUCUUCAUCAACACUAGGGAUUCCCCAGAGAACGAUGCUAGCACCAUAUGUUGAGAUAAUUUGCUCCUUUCUUCCCUAGAGGGAAAGUGGCACAGUCUUUCACUAACUGGGACAGGUUCUGAUCGUUUUGGGGGUUUCCCGUUCAUAUUUCCUCCACUUUACCAUGUCCCUAGAUUGUAGUAUAGUUAGGGGUUGGUCCAAAAUAGAUACUAUUUCAUCUGGUACUUUUACUAAGAACAGCUCUCUCCAAGCUUUUAAAACUGAUUGAUCUUUCCUUAAAUUGAAGCCUGAAUAUUUAGUGGAGGAAGACAGCUGUAAAGAUUAACUCUUUAACAUUUUUAGUUUCCUUUAAAACUUUAUGUUACAAAUAUCACAAUCUGCAGUUGGCUUCAACAAUAAAUAUGUUUCAUAUAAAUGUGACUGUAAAUAUAAAUAUAUUUCACAUA